GGCGAGCACUACUCCUCCCGACUUGAGCUGAGCUAGUGGUUAGCCAAUUCUAGCUCAGUAAUCCGCUUCGUCGAAGAGCGUGCCGAGCUAAGAUGGCCACCUCGCUGAGCAGCCGGGCCUUGGUGGCCGUGGCGGUGCUCGUCGCGGCCGCGCUGCUGCUGCCAGCCCGCCACGCCACGGCCGUCGCCGACGGCAAGGCCAAGGGAGACAAGGCCGCGGCGCCGUCGGGCUACGACAGCGCCAGCAAGCCGCCGCCGUCGUCACUGCCCGCGGACAAGGCCGCGCCGCCGCCGUCCCCGGGCGGCAUAGCCAUGCCGCCUUCGGCCUCCAACAACUCAUCCGCGCCGCCGCCGCUGUUGCCCCUCGUGCCGCCGCCGAAGCCGCUGCCCUUCGUCAUCGUGGAGGGCGUCAUCUACUGCAAGUCCUGCAAGGGCAACGGCUACAACUCCGGCAUCGACGCGUCGCCGCUGCCAGGCGCGACGGCGAUGAUGGUGUGCUACGGGCGGAAGGUGGUGAACGCGACGGGGACGGUGACGGACGGCAACGGCUACUUCCUCAUCAUGUUCUACGACAUGCAGAACUUCAACGCCAAGACGUGCAAGAUGUACCUGGUCUCGUCGCCGACGCCGCAGUGCAGCAGGCCCUACUACCCGCCCAGCCAGUGGAUCGGCCUCUCCCUCGUCAGGGAGACCCGGACCAUCCCGCCGGCGGGGCUGCAGGGCAUCUACACCCCCACCAGCGUCCUCUUCUACGCCCCCGGCGCCAAAGGCCAGUGCCCCUACUGAUGAUCGCCGGCGAUCGACCACCGACUCAAAACCGGCGUCGACACCCAUGGGAUCAUAUCCGUCGAGACCUCCGGCGGCUGCCGGCGAUAUGAUCCGCGUCCACGUCCGGCCCCGGCCGGCGGACGCGCGGGACUGCGUACGUUUAGAUGAUCGAUCUUGAUCGACCAUCCAGGCAGUAAGUAAUAAGUAGCUAGGCAUUGCGUUCUUAGCUAGCUUAAUUUUUCAUUAGCUUCUAGUAUGUGAGUUCAGUUGUUCUAGUUCGAUCGGAGCAUGAGUGGUGGCGAUGCUUUGGUUAUGGAUUGGCGUCGGUGUAACAUUGUCCUGUCUUUGACUAGUCGAUCAGUUCUUUAAUUUGUUCUGAAAC